AUGGCUGCUACGUCAACCUUUCCUGGUACUGGCUGGUGUUUGCAACCAGGUCGCCGUUUGAGCACAGCGUUCACGCACGACGGUGGUGUGCUAGUGCAGCUCCGGUCUGUGAGGCGGCAGUGCACGUGCAGCGUUCGUGCGGCUCUCGUGACGCCUCCAGGAGGCACGCCCAGCUGGAGGCCUGCCAUGCUGCGUCUUUCCAUGCAAGGCGCACAGGAUAGCGGUGCGACAACGUCCGGUUUGUACGGAAACAACGAACAGACGCGUAGUGUGAGAGCGCCCCUGCGAGACGCUGCGCCCUACAGCGCUGUCUGUGAACUUGCCGCCGAAGCGGGGCAGUUGACGGACGCCGAGCUGCAGAGACGCCUUGAGAGCAUCGCGGGUGUGCCUGCCGUGUUCCCCGAGCCGGAAAAACCGCUCGAUAUCCCCAAUGCGCUGGAGUUUUUCCGGCUGCGCACUGGAGAGUGGCUCUCCAAACGAGUCACGCAGCACAUGGCCUUCCGUCGACAGGAGAGCGGCGAGUCGCGCAUUACCGCGCAGUUGCUGGAGGCAAACGACGAACGUGUCAAGCAACUGUGCGCCCUACACAACUUUGCGGAAGACGCUGCUAUGGGUGGCUGCCUCGUCACCUGGCGAGCGACCCUGCAGUGGGACCAGGAAGGCGACGCCCAUACCGGCGAGGCGAUAUUCGCGCUCGUUGCCCAGCCGGGCUCCAACGGACGGUGCGGUAAGAUACUCAGGGACCGUGGUUACGCUGAAGUGGUCCCGAUAACCGGCGACUUUUACAUGGAUGAGGAAGAUGCGCUGUAUUUGGUGACACCGUACGAAGGAGGAGAAGUUUCCGAAAAGUUCGUGUUUGCCGAGCGCGAUAUUUUGUAUCGCUUUUCCACAGUCAAACGAAUGGGCGGCUUCAGUAACGCCACGUAUGCAGUAGAGACACGAAUUCCUUACACGGGAAACGGCGAGGUUUUGGACACGUCAUCCAUUGAGGACGAUGACAUUAGUAUUUUUGGCCUGUCAUCUGUUGAUGCGCAGCAAUCGCGACAGGAAGAAGACAGUAGACUUCGUCGAUUUGGCUCGCUGCGAGGUCGAAUGGGCGACCGAUGGGAGAGUCCUCUCGGUAAGAAAAUCGAAAUCGAUGAGAGCAAGUUACCACCUUCGCUGCGAUCGUCUCCGCAGCCGCCAUCGUCCUCAUCGCCCAGUACUGACGCGGAUUAA